UUUUUAAAUGCAUCAAUGCUGCUCCAAUCCCUGCGCCUCGCCUGACCUAUUUUUAGCCAGGGCUGGCCAUUGUUCUAUUUCUGUCACCUGUGGGCCACGCAGUUGUUGAUUCACAUGCAAAUGAAGCUUGCUCCCUCCCCGGCUUUGCAUUGCUGCCUGUGCGAGGUGCUCAGUACACAGUGCGCAGCUUUCCUAGCAACUCACAAUUUUUUCUCUCAGACACUUUGCUGAGGAGAGGACAGGAAGGAAAAAAAAAACGGCACAGACUGGAGAGCAAUAGAAAGAGAGAGAGAGAAGACAGAUAAGAAAAAGAAGCCGGACUUGCCAUCUUCCUCUUGUGUUAGUGUUUGGACCAGACUGAGGCAGGGAGGGCACCCGGGAGAGUACAGCAGCCCUGCAGAGAGAGAGAGAGAGAGACAGUGUGCAGCUUGUGUUAUUGCUCCACAGUGAGAGUAGUUUCUCAGAGGAGGAGGCAAGAGGAAGAGGGAGAGAGUUUGCCUGUUGUCGUGGUCUCUCCCCUGAGUGGCUGAGGGGUGGCUCUUGGUGACAGGAAACGCAAGGCUGGCGAUGAGACCUGAGCGCUGAGUGGAGUAUGCUGCAGACGAUUUACGAGGGCGAGUCAAGUUUCUCCACAACAGAAGGGCGCGUUGGACACCAGCAGCUCCCCAACCAGAGCAAGAUGCACAACGUGAACAACUCAGUGGAUAUUAAGCCAGACGUGCCAUUGGCUGUGGAGCCUUUAUCUCCUUUGGACCUGCGCACAGAUCUGAGGAUGCUGGGGCCAGGCUCGGACCCAGGACUAUGGGAGAGGCAGCUGCAGCAGGAGUUGCUCCUCAUACAGAAGCAGCAGCAAAUCCAGAAGCAGCUACUAAUCAGCGAGUUCCAGAAGCAGCAUGAGAAGUUGACCCGUCAGCAUCAGGCUCAGCUCCAGGAGCAUCUCAAGCUUCAGCAGGAGCUCCAGGCCAUGAAACAGCAGCAGGAACUUGCGGAGAAGGAGCGUCGUUUGGAGCAGCAGCAGAACCAGCAGGAGAAGGAGCAGGAGAGGCAUCGGCGAGAGCAGCAUGUUUCCAGCCUGAGCCUCCGGGGCAAGGAGCGCUCCCGAGAGAGUGCUGUGGCCAGUACCGAGGUGAAGCAGAAACUCCAAGAGUUUCUGCUGAGCAAAUCAGCGAAGGAUCCUACCAGCAACGGAAUGAAUCAUUCUUUCAUUCACCACCCAAAACUCUGGUAUACGACUUCUCACCACACAUCACUGGACCAAAGCUCUCCACCUCUGGGCGGCACAUCCCCCACCUGCCAGUAUACUCUGCCAUCACCCAUAGAGAGCAAGGACGACUUCCCCUUGAGGAAGACAGCCUCUGAGCCCAACCUAAAGGUACGAUCCAGACUGAAGCAGAAGGUGGCAGAGAGGAGAAGCAGCCCGAUGCUAAAGAGAAGAGAUGGAAACAUCAUAACUCCAUACAAGAAGAGGGCCCUGGAGCUAAUGGACUCGACGCCCACAAACAGUGCCCCUGGCUCUGGCCCCAGCUCUCCCAUAGGGGCCUCCAGUGCCUUGGGGGCUGAAAACGGACCCUCCUCUCUGCCUACUACCACAAAAACUGAGAGAUGGCCUUCCCAGCCAAGAUUAUUCCGACCUGAGGGCUCCGUGUCCAUGCUGAGCUUAUACACCUCACCCUCCUUACCCAACAUCUCCCUGGGACUUUCAACUGCAUCCUCACCCAUCAGUGCUGCUAUGGGGUUGAAAGACAGAUCAACAGAAAUAAAGCAUGGGCUGCCCGGGCACCUGCUGGGCCCCGUGCCCCUUCAUACGGGCCUGGAGUCCAAAGUGAGCCCCAGUCACCAGGCUCUGCUCCAACACCUCCUCCAGAAGGAGCAAAUGAGGCAGCAGAAGAUGCUCUCCUCCGGCCAAGGCUCCAUGUCGUCCCACCCUCAGUCCCCUCUGGCCAUGAAGGAUCGCCCCUCCAGUAGUCGCCCCAAACUACCCAAACACCGGCCCUUGAACAGAACCCAGUCGGCGCCACUGCCCCAGAACACGCUCGCCCAGCUUGUCAUCCAGCAGCAACACCAGCACUUCCUGGAGAAACAGAAACAGUACCAGCAGCAGAUCCACAUAAAUAAGCUGUUGUCCAAGUCCAUCGAGCAGUUACGUCAGCCCAGCGCACACCUGCAGGAGUCGGAGGAAGAGCAGGAGGAGCAGCAGCACAGGGAGGAGAUGGAGAGCAUGCAGGAGGACAGGCUGCCCCCUGGAGGCGUCAUCCGGAAGCACACGCUCAGCAGUAGCAGCAGUGGCUCCAGCAGCGAGCUCCCGGAGCUGCCGGCUCACUGCGGGGUCAUCAAGGUCAAGGAGGAGCCGGCCGAUAGCGAGGACGAGGCUCUCAUGGGCCAGAGCUUAGAGUCGGAGCAGAGCACCUAUCUCCACCAGGUCAAAGGGAGGCUGGUGAUAAGAGCCAUGAUCUGAGAAGGGAAGAGGAUGAGAUCACACACUUGCAACAUUCGCGAAUAUACAACACCUACAUCCCUGCAGUUUACACAUAUAGAACACACACACAUACAUACACAUUUCACAGUAGGCCAUCUCUCCCCGUCACAACAUUCUUCUCACUCAGCUGCAGCCUCACUCGCCCCCACACUCUUAAGACUCUCUGUUUGUGAUCUUUGUGUAGUGAUCUCUGUAAAAUAUGUACGUUUCACUCGUGUAAAUAUGAAGACAAUUUAGACCUUUCUUUUUAAGGAGCCGCUUUGGUCAUCUCGAGCUCAAAAAAACCAACAAAAGUUGUAUGUACAUAUACUGUGGAUUUAGCGUCAGAGGCGAGAGGGAAGCUCGAGCAUGUGUACAGCUUUGAAGAGCCACCUUAUGUUCCCUUUGUGUUAAUUUUUUUUUCCCAUAAAAUAUUUGACUACUCCACUAUCCACUUUCAUCAUUGAGAAUUACUCUCAUGUUGUGUUGAGGAAUUUAAAACACUACAUGCUCCGUUGUUCUUGAAAAUCUGUGAUGAUGUUCCAUGUUAUAUGAGCAUCUGUCUUGGAGAGAAUGUAUUCUUAAAUCCUAAGAGAAAGACGCUCCCACAGGGCAGUCUUUUUAAAAAAAAUCUUUUUGUGCUGGGAGUGAUAUUGCCAUUGGAAUAUGGUCCGCUCCUCAUAUUGCAAAUGUGAGGGAUAAAGCACUAAAUCCCUGCUUGGGUGUUGCAGGCAUCCUCCAACACAUCCCAAAGUCUCAGCGUCUCUUUCUCGGAGUCGGUCCCAGAGCCAGGGCCCUGUGUUGAGCCGAGGCUCUCCUCCCUCUCUCCCUCUGGGUCCAAAAUCAAAAAAGCUCGGGCCGAGUUCCUGCCCAGCUUUCAGCAGAGGAGUCAGACAGAGAGAAAAGAGAGAAAGAGAGAGAGGGCCGGGCAGGAAAUGCCUUCUAGAAGCCAGGAGUUGGAGUGAUUCAUGUGUGCAGGAAUGUUGAGAGAGGAGGACCUAGGGUUGGAGGAGUCCAAGGGGCCAGGCUUGAGAAUUGAUUUACUGUCAAAGCGAAUUACAAAGUGAGUGGGGAUAUGGUUAAGGGAGUCCUUUUUUUAAAGGGAAUCGCUUCCUUUGUAUUCCCCAGUGGCAUGCUUACCUCAACAUACAGGUUUGAUGUUACUUCAAUAAAAAACCCUGGACGGGA